AUGACAAGUUAACUCCUUGUUAUCUUAAGCACCCAUAAAGAUUUUUGAUUAUAUUUAUUCACUAAGACUUUUUGGAACAAUGUGCAAAGCAAGCGAUCCAAAAAUUCCAGGAAUGUAACUAGUUGUUUCAGAUGUCAAAUGACACAGCUUUUUCACAAUUUGAAUGUAAAACUUUAACACUUAGAAUGGUUGUUUCCCCCAAAUAUAUUACAGCAAGGAGAAAGUGCAAGACGAUGAUCAAAUCUUCCUUGGAGCAAAUAAGUGAAAUCACAGGAUAGAGAUGGGAUUGUCCUUGCUAUAUAUCAAGGUUUAAAUUUGGAAAUGAUACACGUGUUUGAGUUUCAGCUGCUUCUAAAAUAUCCCUAUUGUGGGGAACAUUUCCGUUUAAUGUAACAAUCACGUCGCCUGGAGAAUCUCGCAAGGGAUACGCACAAGCACUCCAUGCUGUGUUAUCUGCUGAGGGUGAAUGUAGAGCCUCUUGUACAUUUGGCUUCCCGUGAAGUUAAAAAUAUUUAUUCAGCGCAGGAGCAGGACUCUGCAGAUCAUGGAGUCAAACAACAGAAAGUUGCUGAGCCACACAGCUCCCUGCCUUCACCCCCUAACAAUCCUGUCAACCCCACCCCCGCCACACACACCUUGUGAUUAAAACCCUGCUUCAAUGUGUUUUCGAAUUCUUUGAAUUAGCCUCAAUUUCCAUUUCCAGCAGCGAGCAUGUUUCUUCGCAGAUGUCAACUGACGUUUGACGGUACUGAAACCGCAAAGCUGCAAGUCUGACAUUUAGUUUCGUUUGCACAAUAUACCCAACCAAAAAAAAGUCCCUCAACAUACCGUUAUUCCCACCCACCAUCCCCAAACCAACGCAGCUGCGUGGCUCAACAACUUUCUGUUGUUCGACUCCGCGGUCUCUCGUGGCUCCUCAAUUGCGAAGUCGGUACUCAGUAUGUAUGGAAAAAAUGAAUUUAACCCCUUCCUCAUUCUGGCCGUUAUUUGCACAGCAUUCGCCGAGGUUACGAAGGUGCAUCAAAUGCCGGAUAAAGUCGAUGCAUUGGUAGGGCAGGACGCGAGUUUGCAAUGCUCGUUCGGGCUAUUUAGAGAUAAAAAUAACAUUAAGAUGUAUUGGUGGAAAACAGGAGCACGGGAGUUUUUCAAAGAGGGAGAAGAUUCCAGGAAAGUGUUCAAGGUGGAAUCUAGAGCGAGCGCUUCGCUUAAGAUUGUGAACGUGAGAUUCGGAGACGCCGGAAUCUAUUACUGCAGAGUGGAGGGUGAAUACACUGGAAAUGGAACAGGUGCAACCCUUGAAGUAAAAGCUUCCCCAGCACCAAUGACGAUUAUGAAAUCACAAGAUGCAGAUGGUUCUCUGCUGUGCAAAACCUCUGGGUUCUUUCCUGCAGACUACAGCUUGUCUUGGUAUAGAGAUGGUCAAAGAAUUACGAAUGGAGUAAAAACAAACCAUCAGCUUAACGCAGAGAGUCUAACUGAAGCCUCCAGCUGCUUGCACGACACAGAGCCAGCGCAGGAAGGAACUAUCUACACAUGUGAAGUGUCUCACUCCACGCUCCAAGCUCCAGCUUCGGCCACUUAUACUGUCAACCUUGCAGAUGUCAGUUCAAAAACUACUUUACCUUGGUGGAUUCCUCUUUGUGGAGGACUGUCUCUACUGCUUCUGAUUAUUGUAGCAAUAGUCAGUUAUAAACUCUGCAAAGCACGUAAAGGCAAGGUACAAAUGAAGACCUGCGUACGUUGCACUCAACCUAUCGUGGCAAAUCCUAAAAAUCUGAAAGAGGAAACAGUUAAAGGGAAUACACAGAUGACACAGUGGAACCCAAUCACAACAGCAGACGUUACCGAUACCACGCCAAAAGUAAAAAAACAUCGUAAAAGGAAAAAUGGCCCAAUGAAUAUUUGAUAUUUUUUUCAAUCUGAGAAGCAUUUUAUAGUAAUUAUUAUAGAUUAUUUUACAUAACUUUCAAUGUUUGUACACCGUGCACUUCUUGAAACUCAAAGAAAAUCCAAUUUUAUGAGGUCAUCAGAUAACUGCAUUUUAUAUAUUUAUUCGCUGACGCUGACAAGAACAUUGUUCACAUUUUCAAAAUUGCAGAAUUUAUAAUGGUGUUUACUGACUUAUUCUAAAUAUGAAGAUAGAGACAAAAGGCUGGAGUAACUCACCGGGACAGGCAGCAUCUCU